AUGGAUGUUCAACCUUUUGCUUUCUUUCCCUACAAGCCUUUAAAAUCUGACGAGUUACGCUUAUUACGCGUCGAACCUGGCGACACUGAUGUGAUACGCGUCGAACUCAGAACCGUUAAAUCCCGCACGUCGCAAAGAUUCUGGGCCUUAUCUUACGUCUGGGGCGCAAGAGAAAACCCCGCCACUAUCGUUCUGAAUGAUCAGCCCUUCAGCAUCACGAGAAACUUAUACAAUGCUCUUUAUCAGUAUCGCCGUCACAUAUUUGAGGGCUACGGCAGUGAUGAUAGAGCGUUGCUCUGGGUAGAUGCCAUUUGUAUCAACCAGAAUGAUCAGGUUGAAAAGUCAAUUCAGGUUCCCCGCAUGUCAGAGAUCUACGGCCAAUGUGAGCGUGUGUUGGCGUGGUUGGGCCCAGUCGACAGUGACGAGGAGAGUCAUGUUUGCAGAUUAGCAGAGAGAUUGAAGUACUUCCAGUCACCUGCAGACUUAACCAGUCAAGGCCAUUCUGAAGAUGACCGAAUCACAGCAUUCAUGAAGUCUGGACGUUGUGACGAGACAGCCGCAAUCGACGUUGAAUCUGUGCGGAAGGCUCUAAAGUCCAUCGGCCAUCGCCCAUGGUUCCGGCGUAUCUGGAUUCUCCAAGAAGCCGUCCUAGCAAAGAAACAGCCAAUCUUGCUAUGCGGAGCUUACGAGCUUGGGUACGAGAUCUUCUUCAAGACUUGGGUCUUGAUGUUGAAUCCAUCUGAGGACGGACAGCUGCUCUACUCGUUCAUGGCGGAGAACCCAGUCAGGUUCAAAGCCAUUGAGCUGGUGUACAAGAACACUCUACAAGCCAGAAGGGAAACGACCCCGGAACAGGCAAAAGGCCCUGUAAGUCAAGAGAAGCAGUGCGCUAUCGACAUCGUCAAGUUGCUCAAUGAGACGACGGAACUGGAAGCUACGGUGGCUCACGAUCGUUUGUAUGCCCUCAUUGGCCUCUUGGCUUGCGAUCCUCUACCUCCAGCCCUUCAGCCAGACUACACCCAGUCUUUCGCCGAACUCUGCUACAAGUUCACAAUGUUUGUUCUCGACCAAACUCAAGAUAUUCGCGUCUUAAACCUAGGAACGGUGGGAAGCCUUUCAUCCGUGGCAUCGUGGACACCAGAUCUGCGAAAUAGCUGGACAGCAAGGUCCAAUUUGACUCCCAGCCCUGGAAUAUGCUUCAACAUUUCUAAGGAUGGUAAGACCCUGACCAUGCCGGCUAUAGUCAUAGGCCAGUGUGUGUCUGCCUGCAAGCCUAUCACUCCUGAUCCCGAUACUGGUAUCGUAUCGCCGGCAGCAUUCUUGCAAUUCGAUGAGGCUGUAGUCAAAGUAGCUGCAGCUAUCAGAAGAGUUACUCGCAUGGAAAUCAUGACUGAGUGGUUCAAGUUUCAUCUGUCAGACAUAUACACCGAAGGACGGCUGACUCAAAAUCCCGUCAUCGUGCAGAGAGUCAUGAUGGCCUAUGUGUGCAUGGUACAUGGUCAACCACUGUCCUCACUUGGCACGAGAUUCGGAACAGAAGAACAGUUGCUAGGCGCAUAUGGAAUGGUCACAGACCCCAUUUUUCAGCAGAGCUUGGUUGGGUGUAGUAACUUUGUGCUACAAAAUGGAACAGUGGGACAGUUACUUCACGGUGACGCAGUAGCAGCUGUUGGGGACGCCAUCUGCGCUUUUCCGGGUCUAUCGACUCUUUUUCUCAUACGGAGAAGUGAAGAUGGAAAGUGUAAGAUUGUUGGGCAGGUUUCAAAGUGGGAGAAUAUCGGAGCAAGCUUACCUUCGGAGCAGCUUGAGAGCUAUACUCGAUCGUUUGAAGCUGCACAUUUGGGAAGAGAAACCAAGAAUGGCGUUAGAAUGAUGAGUCUUGUCUGA